GACAAGACUCGUUCCGAUGGGAGGUGCCGCCAAACUUUGUUCCGUGAGAGGAGAAGGAGCGUGUGGUUAUGGGAAAUCAAGUUCUUAUUCACAGUAGACUGCGGGACAUGCCCAUCACUCUUCCGUCUUUAUAUAGAUAGCGAAAAUCCUCUUCUUCUUCGUCUUCUUCAUCCUUCCAAGCCGUGAGAGAACUGUGAACAAAGGCCGUACGCAAACCCAUCUUUCUGAAGCUACUGAGGUCGAUUACGGUUAGUCAUGGAAAAUGAGGCAUCCAUGAAUCACGAAGCAAAAACCGCUUCAACCAUCACCAUUAAAGGGAUUCUCAGCCUUUUAAUGCAAAGCGUUGACGGGAAUGGUGGCGAUAAGAGAGUGAUUUCUAUGGGCAUGGGUGACCCUUCUAUUUAUACUUGCUUCCACACCACUAAUAUUGCUCAGGAAGCUGUCGUUGAUACGCUUCAAUCUCAGAAAUUCAAUGGCUAUGCUCCUACCGUUGGUCUUCUCCAAACCAGAAAAGCAAUUGCUGAAUAUCUGUCCCGUGAUCUUCCCUACAAGUUGACAUCCGAUGAUGUUUUUAUUACUUCUGGAUGCACUCAAGCUAUUGAUGUUUCAGUGGCAAUGCUUGCUCACCCUGGAGCAAACAUCUUGCUUCCGAGGCCAGGCUUCCCAAUCUAUGAUCUCUGUGCUGCAUUCAGACAAGUAGAAGUUCGCCAUUAUGAUCUUCUUCCUGAGAAAGGCUGGGAGGUUGAUUUGGAAGCUGUUGAGUCUCUUGCAGAUAAGAACACAAUUGCAUUGGUGAUUAUAAACCCAGGAAACCCUUGUGGAAAUGUGUACAGUUACCAUCAUUUAAAGAAGAUUGCAGAAACUGCUAAGAAGCUUGGCACUGUUGUGAUUGCUGAUGAAGUCUAUGCUCAUCUUGCAUUUGGAGCCAAUCCUUUUGUGCCAAUGGGAGUUUUUGGAUCUGAUGUUCCUAUUAUUACUCUUGGGUCCCUAUCUAAGCGAUGGAUAGUUCCUGGAUGGAGACUUGGUUGGUUUGUGAUAAAUGAUCCUUGUGGCACUUUUAGGAAACCGAAGGUUCUCUUCCUUUCACCUUCACUUUGGUUAACACAGUUUUUAAUAUUUGUUGUUGAGAGAAUAAAGAAGUAUUUUGAUAUUUUGGGGGGUCCAGCUACCUUCAUCCAGGCAGCUGUACCUCGCAUAAUUACAGAGACUGAAGAGGUCUUCUUCAGGAAAACCCUCAACAUGUUAAGGCAUACCUCAGAUGUAUGCUGUAAAGAGAUAGAGGAUAUUCCAUGCAUUGUUUGCCCUCACAAACCUGAUGGGUCUAUGGCUAUGAUGGUGAAACUCGAUCUUUCACUUCUGGAUGAUAUUAGUGAUGAUAUUGAUUUCUGUUUCAAGCUCGCGAAGGAGGAAUCUGUUAUCAUUCUUCCAGGAACGGCGGUAGGGCUGAAAGAUUGGCUCCGAUUUACAUUUGCCGUUGAUCCAUCUGCUCUUGCAGAGGCUAUGAAAAGGAUAAAAUCAUUCUAUAAAAGGCAUGCCAGAAAGUGGUGAAAACAGCAGCAAAAUACGCAGUUAAAUUAACCACUCUUAAUUCUUUGUUAUACCAGCACUGGUCCUUAAAUCUCUCCUGCAAGGGAAGCGAUUUAUUCAAACCACUUGAUUAGUAUGGUAAGAUCCAUUUAAUGUAACAUAUUGUGUCCCGGGCUUGAAUUGUUUUACUGGACAUCGCAAUAAAUUGCAUAGUAAAACCUCUUGACGCAAGCAUGAUCCUCAUGGUGGCGAUUGUUCUGUAGAAUCCUUGUAUUAUGUGAAAAAUGCAAUGUAGGGGAUCUGAGUUAUUGAUAAGACUAGCUGUUUGGCAAACCUCAAAAUCAAUUAAAAUAAGCUUUUUUUUU